UUGAGAGUCCCCAGCCUCCCCCCUAAGGUAAUAUUUCUCCAUUGUGGUCUGACUGCCAUGCAGUCCUACAGUCGAGUCCCCAGCUCUACUCAUCAGAGGUCAGUGAAGGCUGGAACUCAGGAACCCACUGGCCCCUGACAAGUCUUCUAUGGAAUCUGGGGGCUACCUGCAGACAAGGGUGUCACCAAGGUCCUGCCCUUGCCCCUUCAGAGACUUGGAAGAACACAGUGGCUGAAAAAUGUGGACACACAGGAUCGUGGCCAGAUGCCGUUGUGGUCACUAGAUCACAGCUGUAGAUGGAGUUCUGGAGACGCAUUGUGCAGGUGUCUGUGCGCAAGACUCGUGGACAACCAGGCCCUCCUACUGACCUUUACUAUGCAGACUCCAGGACCUCAUCCUGUGAACUCCUACCAGUGGAAGGGGUCCUUGAGGGAGGAGAUAUUGUUCUAAUCAGCACCCAGGGCUGCAGGAGCCCCUGACAUUGUCUGGACUGUGAGGAGAGGAGGAAGGUGUGAGCAUUAAGACUUUUCUGUGCAGCUUCUAUAAAAGCUCAGCUGCAAUGCAGCAAAAGGCAAUUGCUCCAGUGGUCAUUCUCUCUGGGCUAGCCUGCAUCUGCAUCCGAGGCCUUUUCUGUGAGCCAGUCUCUGCCCCAGGAAGACACAGCCCCUCGCUUCUGCCCCAGGGUGCACUCCUAGUAGACCCAGGUCCCCUCAUCUCCCCUAACAACCACAGUAUCAGCUCACAAAGUGCAGCCUGCUCUAUCAGCUCACACCCUGCAGCCACGCUAGUGGGGCAUGGCCAGACCUGUCCACUCCUGAACAUACCCUCCCUUCUCUCAAAGCCCUGAUUCUGGGAUUGGCUCUCAUCCCUUCCUUGGGACUAGGAGUUUUGUUUACAAGAGCAGCUGCUGUCCCCACUGGAGCAGAGGGCCAUUGCUCUCAGAAAGUUACCUGGCUGCUACUGUCCUUGCAAAGGCAUCAGAAGCUUUGUUAUUAUCUUUCCUCUGGAGACAAAUAUGAGCAGGAUAUCCCUGCCUCCACUCAGGAGCCUCACCAGCCAAAGGUAUUUACAGAGACUGACCAGUGCUGCCAAAACAGAGCAUGACACUAAACAAAAACAAGGAAGGAAAGACUUCAUCAAGCUGCUGCCAGACAACACACAACACAGAGGAGACAUAUAAAGCUGCGGAGCUCUGGGCACUCACACACACACUCACUCACACUCACAUCCUCACCCUCCUCUGGCCCCACAACCCCACCAUGGCCUUCUCCAACCUGUCUGCUUGCUCCAGCGACUUGAGCUACAGCAGCCGGGUCUGCCUGCCCGGGUCCUAUGACUCCUGCACCGACUCCUCCUGGCAGGUGGACGACUGUCCAGAGAGCUGCUGCGAGCCCCCUUGCUGUGCCCCCAGCUGCUGCACCCCGGCCCCCCGCCUGACCCUCCUCUGCGCCCCAGUGAGCUGCGAGUCCAGCCCCUGCUGCCAGCCAGUCUGCAGCAGCUCCUGCCCGGCCUCAUGCUGCCAGCAGUCUAGCUGCCAGCCCUCCUGCUGCACCUCCUCCCCCUGCCAGCAGGCCUGCUGUGAGCCCGUCUGCUGCAGGCCCGUCUGCUGCACGCCUGUCUGCUGCACUCCUGUCUGCUGCAGGCCUGUCUGCUACAGGCCCGUGUGCUGCAGGCCCGUGUGCUGUGAGCCCGUCUGCUGCACUCCUGUCUGCUGCAGGCCCGUGUGCUGUGAGUCCUCCCCCUGCUCAGCCUCCUUGUGCUGCCAGCCCAACCCCUGCUCCUCGGUCAGUUGCAGACCCUCCUCCUCCGUGUCCCUGCUCUGCCGUCCUGUGUGCCGCCCCACCGGCUGCGUGCCCGCCUCCUCCUGCCAGCCCAGCUGCUGCUGCCCGGCCUCCUCUGUGUCCCUGCUCUGCCGGCCUGCAUGCUCCCGCCCUGCUUGCUGCCUCCCAACCUUGGCCCCGGAGCCCUGUUGCUGACCGGGCACAUCGCCAACUCCUUCCAGGGCCAAUGCUGACUUUCACCUGAAACUUCUGUAGCCUUGAGCCCAGUCUGGGGUCUCCUUCUGCCCCAGAAUUUCCUGUUAGCAGCCUGGGCUGGCUCCUGGUUCCCUCCAGGCUCUGAGAUUCAGCCAGCAUCCUGCUCUCCAUCCUUGUUGGUCAUGAUUUUGUCCUGACCUAGGUGAGGGGUCUGCC